GCCUACUGCGUGUCAGAACCAUCGGCCGGUUCGGACGUGGCGAGCAUAAAAACCAGAGCCGAGAAAAAGGGAGACCAGUACGUCAUCAACGGGCAGAAGAUGUGGAUCACAAACGGCUCCGUGGCCAACUGGUAUUUCGUCCUUGCCAGGACCAGCAAAGACGCCGGCACGUCCGCCGGUAAGGCCUUCACCGGGUUUAUCGUGGACGCCAACACACCUGGGAUCAUUGUGGGGAGAAAGGUAUUGGAAAGCCGUGAACGGUCAAAC